UGUGCCCAGCCGGUCGGUCACGUGACGAAGGAUAAAGGAAAGAAAGUAGGAAGAGAGAUAAAGGGAACAAAUAGACAACGCGGGGAGAAUAUCUGCCUGGUCUUUAUCUCCAGCCUUCAUUUGGAGACAGAACAACACAAAAAAAGAUGGAGACAUGUUAAGUUAUUAGCUCCAGAUGUGAUGGGAGGACAGUGGUGGACGUCAGCGGGAUAUGAGAUAAAUACGUAAAUAAAAAAAUCCGGAAAAGGAGGAGGGAAGAAGAUGAAGCUGAAUGAACGCAGCGUGGCUCACUACGCCACCUGCGACUCCCCACCAGACAAGACAGGCUUCCUAUUUAAAAAGGGUGAGCGCAACACAGCGUAUCAUCGGCGCUGGUUUGUGCUGAAGGGAAACAUGCUUUUCUACUUUGAGGAGCGCGACAGCCGAGAGCCCAUCGGUGUCAUCGUCCUUGAAGGGUGCACCGUGGAGCUGUGCGAGUCAGCCGAGGAGUUCGCCUUCGCCGUCAAGUUUGACUGUGCCAAAGCGCGGGUGUACAAGAUGGCUGCCGAGAACCAAGCAGCCAUGGAGUCGUGGGUAAAAGCAUUGUCAAGGGCCAGCUUUGACUACAUGAGGCUGGUGGUGAAGGAGCUGGAGAGGCAGUUAGAGGAGAUCCAGGAGGCUGCAGGAGGCGACUCUGUCUGGACUGGAGUUGGAGGCCUGCAGGGCAGGCCUAAGUCCUCCAGGCGAAACCAGGUGGCACGGUCCAGGUCUGGAGCAUCCUCUUCUUCAUCAUCUUCAUCUUCCUUAUCAUCAUCAUCAUCAAGUGCCACUCCCAUGACAGGAGCUUUCCCUGCCCAGAAAAGCCUCCAGGAUGAGGCGCAGAUCAUCUCCGAUUGUCCCAAAGAGAAUGGAGUUGCGUGGAGUAAACCACCAGCUGCCUUGGCCAAUGGUUUUGGUGAGGGAGCGUCCUCCUGUGUGGCCUGGGAAGCCUGCGCAGACUCUGGGAAUAACACUGUGAUUGGUUAUGGGGCUGAUGGGGCGAGGGCUCCACCAGUGCCACGCAGGAGACGAGGAGCAUCUCUGGAAAGCCCCGUCUCCCCUGGCACUGGCUGCUUCUCCAAACUCCAUGACUGGUACGGCAGAGAGGUGGAGGAACUGAGAGUGCAGUGGCUGCAGAGCCAGUAAAAUAAUGGAGUCGGAUUAUCUCUUUUUACGCACUUUUAUCAUUCCUUCCUGAUCAUUCUGCAAUGUUCCACCCUUCUGAACCCAACAGACGGGAGACAAAACUGAGACUUAUUUGCAAAUCGAAAAAGACAAAUACAUUUUUUAGAUUGAUUCCAGAUCUUGUCUGGCACAGGGGAAUCAAUCUGUCUUAAACAUCAACACUAUCCAUUGUACAAUCCAAGACAUUUUUAGAACACAAGAUUUCCUCUUUUCCACAGUUUUAAGUGUAAUUUGCAAAGUAGAAUUACAAAUGAUAAGAAUACACCACUUGAAAAGUUAAACAUUUAAUCAAAGCAUCAGCUUUUUUAACAAGAUGCUAAAAAGUUUGGUCUUGUAGUGCAUACAAUUCAUAAAUGUGCUGUUCUAUUAUUACAUUGCCAAUUUUCUAAAUGUCUUAACCCCUAAAGGCCCUGUCACACAUAUCCGUAUGACAGAAACGUAUGCCGGCGCAUACGAAACUUCAUCAGAAUCCAAAUACGUCCAACUUUCGGAUCGGAAAAGUGAACAUAUACAGAU